CGUAGGUCAGUGUUUCACGUGACUGCGCGUUUGCACACUAGCCUAAUCAAACUCUGAUAUCUCUACCAAGCAGUUAUGCGAGGGCCUACAGACAAACAACCCAAGCAGGACACUUGUGUCUAGACCUAACAUACAAGGACGAUAUGGAUCGCAAUAACUCCACGCUGAAACACCCAAUCUCGCGUCCUUCGUCAGUCGCUUCGAUCAACACCACCUCCACCAACAAGAACCGCCAAUACGCGCACCUGCACGCGCAAUUGGCCCAACUCAACGCCCACCUUGCAGACACCGAAAACCUGAUGAGGAUGACGGCUGUUCAGGCACAAGAUAUGCGUUUCCUGGGUGGAUAUGUUGGUGCGCUGUUCAUGGGGAGUGCGAAAGUGUUGGGUGAGAAGAGUGUGCAGGGAAGGGGGAAACAGCAGCAGCAGGACGGUAGUGGGAAAGAGACUUGAAAGUUUAAAAGAGUAAGAGGAAGACUUGAAGAAUGCAACCACAAAUGCAUACACCGCCUGGGACGCAGAAUGAUGUGAUGCGAUGGGACGGUGUACCUUCGCGGAUCCGUCAAUAAGCCGCCACUACUGUUGGCUCUCUGUAUAAUGUUCGAGAUUACGGCGCCGCGAGAUUUUGGGACGAGUGGUUCCAACGCUUAUCAAGACGUG